AAUGUAAGAGUAGUGUGUGGUUUACACUUUACACAUUAAACAAACCAUUGUGCACCCUAGUUCAUUUCGAGUCGCCAUGAACUCCAACCUCCGUAAACAUAAACCCUAAAAUUGGCAAUACUUACUAAAUCACUGAUUCAACGAGUCCAAUUUCUCUGAUUUCACUGUAUCAUUUCAGCAAAUUUAUCCUCUCUAGUUCCUGUUAAUGGCAACCAUUUCUCGUUCAAAGGUGCAACAUUUGUUGAAAUCUAGGGUUUAUCUAGGGUUUUACGGGAUCUCAAGCAAAUCAACUUUGAAUCUCAUCAAUCAAUUCUGUUCAGUUACUUCUACUGAUGAACCAUUGCCGGAAAUUCUUCUAUCCGUUGAUAUAACCCAAGAAACAAACAAUGAAUCGGUUAAAACCGAUGAUGGUGCAUCAUCGAAACCCAUUACAGAGCUGAAACAGAGGUCUUCAAGAGGUAAGAAUCGAAACCCAGAAAAAUUAGAGGAUAUUAUAUGUAGAAUGAUGGCUAAUAGGGAUUGGACAACUCGUUUACAGAAUUCAAUUCGUAACUUAGUUCCUCAAUUUGAUCAAUCUAUUGUUCUUAAUGUAUUGAAUACUGCUAAGAAAUCUGAACAUGCACUUCAGUUCUUUAGAUGGAUUGAAAGAUCUGGUUUAUUUAAGCAUGAUAGAGAGACUCAUUUGAAAAUUAUUGAGAUAUUAGGUAGAAAUUCGAUGCUUAAUCAUGCUAGGUGUAUUUUGAUGGAUAUGCCGAACAAGGGUGUUCAGUUUGAUGAGGAUAUGUUUGUUGUUUUGAUUGAUAGUUAUGGUAAGAAUGGCAUUGUUCAGGAAUGUGUAAAAAUUUUUCAAGAAAUGAAGGAGUUGGGUGUGGAAAGGAGCGUCAAAUCUUAUGAUGCUUUGUUUAAGGCCAUAUUGCGUCGUGGGCGGUUUAUGAUGGCUAAGAGGUACUAUAAUAAGAUGUUGGAGGAGGGUAUUGCACCUACUAAGCAUACCUUUAAUGUUUUGUUGUGGGGUUUUCUUCUAUGCCAAAAGGUUGAUACUGCGAAUCGAUUUUACGAGGAUAUGAAGAAUCGGGGGAUUAUGCCGGAUGUAGUUACUUAUAAUACUUUGAUUAAUGGGUUUUAUAGAUUGAAGAAAGUAGAAGAAGCAGAGAAGUUUUUUGUGGAGAUGAAGGGAAAGAAUAUAGCUCCUACUGUUAUUAGCUACACUACCAUGAUUAAGGGUUAUGUUUCAAUGGGUAAAGUUGAUGAAGCGCUUCAAAUGUUUCAGGAAAUGAAAGGAUUUGGAAUUAAUCCGAAUGCUGUUACCUACACAACGCUGUUGCCUGGACUUUGUGAUGCGAUGAAAAUGUCUGAAGCUCGAAUGAUAUUGGAGGACAUGGUGGAGAGACGCACUGCUCCGAAGGAUAAUUCAAUCUUCAUAAAAUUGUUGAACUGCCAGUGCAAGUCUGGUGACUUGGAUGCUGCUGCUGAUGUGCUUAAAGCAAUGAUUAGGUUCAGGGUUCCAACUGAGGCCGGACAUUAUGGGGUCUUAAUUGAAUCCAUGUGUAAGGCCGGGGCCUAUGAUCGGGCAGUGAAGUUAUUGGAUAAGCUUAUUGAGAAAGAAAUUAUAUUGAGGCUACAAAGUACUUUGGAUAUGGAGUCAACUUCUUACAAUGCAAUUAUUGAUUAUCUCUGCAACAAUGGCAGCACAAUGAAAGCAGAAGCCCUUUUCCGACAGCUGAUGAAAAAGGGUGUCCAGGAUCCUGUUGCUUUCAAUAAUUUGAUUCGCGGUCACUCAAAAGAAGAUAACCCCGAAGCUGCUUUUGAAAUGUUAAACAUCAUGGUUAGGAGAGGGGUCCCAACAGAUGCAGAUGCUUACAAGUUACUCAUUCACAGUUUCUUGGAGAAAGGUGAACCAGCUGAUGCCAAAAUGGUGCUUGAUAGUAUGAUUGAGAAUGGCCACUUGCCUAACUCGGGAGUGUUUAGAUCCAUCAUGGACGGUCUUUUGAAAGACGAAAGGGUGCAAACUGCUAGUCGUGUAAUGAACCUUAUGUUGGAGAAGGGAGUGAAGGAGAACAUGGACUUAGUUGCCAAGAUUUUGGAGGCUCUGCUAAUGAGAGGUCACGUUGAGGAAGCUCUUGGAAGAAUUGACCUACUGAUGCACAGUGGUUAUGCACCAGAUGUUGAUUAUCUUUUAUCAGUUCUGAGUGAGAAGGGCAAAACAAUAGCCGCGCUCAAACUUCUAGAUUUUGCUUUGGAGAGAGAUUUCACAUUGGAUUUUUCGAGCUACGACAAGGUGUUGGAUGCCCUUUUGACUGCUGAGAAGACCCUUAAUGCUUACUCGAUACUGUGCAAAAUAUUACAGAAAGGAGGCAUGACUAAUAAGAGCAGUUGCGAGAAUCUAAUCAAGACUCUUAAUGAAGAUGGAAACACGAAACAAGCUGAUAUUUUGUCCCGAAUGCUUGUUGGUGAUAAAGGCCCAAGUAAUAAGAAAGGAAAGAAGCAAGAGUUAGUAGCUUCUUGAUUUUUCUUAUUUAAAGUUUCUCUUUUUUGUUUUGACAAUGCUGAGGUGCAAUAAGUUGCUAUCUAUUUGCAUCCUGCUGAAUUUAGUUUUACAUUUGUUUCUGAUAUUAGCUGAAGGUGGAUUUUGACCUAUCCUUUUAAGGUUUAGACUUUAGAGUGAAUAACUAAGCUCUUAAAACUAAGCUUGAAUUCUGUGUUUAUUCAAUGUUUUAUGUUUUUUGAAUUUCUUGUAUCAGUCUAAAUUGGAUAUGAAAUUUCAGUUUUGUUGAUCA